AUGAAAUUUGGUUGCCUUUCCUUCCGACAGCCCUAUGCAGGAUUAAUUUUAAACAAAGUCAAGACAGUAGAGACCCGCUGGCGUCCUUUGCUAGCAAAGUACAAGAACUGUACUAUUGCUAUUCAUAUAGCUAUUAAGGACUGGGAAGAUGAAACAUGGAAAGCAAUUCUUUUGGAUAGGUUUGGUAUGACACGAGAAGAAGUGCAAGGUUUGUUGGAUAAAGGGGAAAAAUUUGGCAGAGGAGUUAUUGCAGGAUUGAUUGACAUUGGAGAGACAUCACUAUAUCCAGAAAACUUGCCUCCUGAAAAGAUUCUGGAGCUGGAGAACAGAGCUGUCCUCAGUAAUCUAGAACAGAAAUACUUGACUCUUGUUUCAAAUCCAAGGUGGCUCCUGGAACCGAUUCCCGCCAGAGGGAGAAGAGGUGUGUGGCAGGUGGACAUCCCUGAAGAACUGAUCCCUUCGGAAGCGUAGGUGUUGCCCCUCGCUAUUCUUUUUCCUACCUAAAUGCAAACUUAUAAUUCACAAGUCAGCAUCUUGAAUACCAGUGAGUUGGAUUCCCUUCCAGAGCUAACCAUUUGAAAGAGCCAAUACAUUUGAAAAACUACAUCUUGUUUAUUUUGCCUCGGAAGAGCAAUUUUUGUGACCAUUACUGGAAAUUAUUAAUUGGUUUACUACAUUCUCCCCAUACACAUAACUAUAAAUGCCCUUAUUUUAAAUACAUGGUUGAUGCAUUGUGUGCCAAUUUAAAA